AAAAUAAUUCACAUAUCAGUAUGCCGCAAUCAAUGGUGGAAAUUAAGUCGUAUCGCUGAAACAGUUUAGUACGCGCACAUCGGACAUGCAAAAACGGGGAUUUUACUUGACGACAUUAUCGCUGUUUGCUUGCUUUGGAAUCGCUUGGUGUAAGGUGGCCAUAAAUGGAGUCUCAAAUGUAUGCCAAAAUUCAAAUGGCCGCUUGGGUAGAUGUACGUCACUGACGAAAUGCCUCAAUCACAGUGAAUGCGAUCGUAAUGCCAGCAAAACGGAAUGUACCAAUGGUUAUGGACCUCCACCAUAUGUUUGCUGUGUUUUUGGCAAGAGGAUUAUAUUUCCCGAUGACGAUAAUGCAGGACGUUUCAUGCCUUCAGCAUCAUCAUCAUCAUCUACGUUAAAUGAAACAUCUAUACAUGUAGCAGACCGUUCCACGGCCUCAACAUCAACAACUUCGAGUCGUGGUAUUUUAUUUCCUGAUGAAAACGGUAAUUUUAAUAUUCCAAAAAUUGCACCUCCGGUAAUCAGCAAUAGAUGGGCCAAUGAGUGGUUGCAGCAUGAAAAGAAAGUUAAACUAUUUCCACGGCCUCCAGUGUGUGGUCCAAUGCUGGUGGGUGACAAAAUUCAUGGCGGCGUCGAAGCUCAAUUGGGUGAAUUUCCAUGGCUGGUCAAUUUGGAAUACAGAAAUGAGGAAGGAGAUUUGCAAAUAGGCUGUUCUGGGAAUAUAAUAAAUAGCAGAUAUGUGGUCACAGCUGCACAUUGUGUACAGGGUCCCAUCGAAGAACUAUUGGGGCAAUUAGUAUCCAUACGAGUUGGUGAUCAUAACACUGCCACAGAGAAUGAUUGUGAUGAUUUAGGAUGCAUUGAUAAAUUUAAAAUCUUCCAUAUCAUUGAGAAAAUCGUACACAAGGAAUUCCAUGAGACCAAAAAAGGAAGACUGAUCAACGAUAUAGCUCUGCUGAAAACUGAUAAUGAAAUAACAUUUUCUUUUUCGGUUGCUCCAAUAUGUUUACCAAGUGUUAUAAAUUCAUUGCAUCCGCCAAUUAAUGGUUCCACACUGACUGUUGCCGGUUGGGGUGACAAUGGUAUAGAGGACUUUACAGUGGAAAAACGUAUUGUCGAUGUGCCCUAUGUGGAGAAUAGUGUUUGUCCAAUUCAUGUGUUGCCGACACAAAUGUGUGCUGGAGGUGUUACCGGCAAGGAUAGUUGUAUUGGUGAUUCUGGUGGUUCAUUGGCUCGACGUUCCAUUGGUGCCUGGGUCAUAGAGGGCAUUGUUUCGUAUGGUCGUAAAUGUGGUGGCGAUAAGCCUGCGAUUUAUACUAGAAUAAGAAGUUAUAUAUCCUGGAUUGUUGAGAACAUGAGUGAUACAUAGGGUGAAACAAUGAUUUAUUUCACUUUUCACGACGUUAGAUGUAUAAGGUUUUUAACAUAAAUGUAGUAGGGAGAGUAGAGUACACAUGCACUUCUGAUAUUGUACUUUAGUUUUCGGUGUAGAAUUAAAAUUUAUUUAAAUGUACUAAUCGUGUCAGUUUAUCAUUAUUGUCAUAAAAAUAUACCAUAUGACGUGACCAUUUGUUUAAAGAAA